GUGAUGGCUAGCGAUGAAUCAAUAUUGGAUCUAGUAUUUAAGUCAAUGCAUGUUUGAAGCCAUUCAUUCAGCUCAUGUUAACUUAGACUGUUAGAAAGGUAGUUUAAAUAGUGAGACACUGAGGGACGACAAUUUAACAAAAAUCUGGGCAGUUAUACCUGUAUCUCAAAUCUACUGGGAUAAGCAAAAGGACUGCUUCGUGAACUCCAACAACAAAGGAAAGCUCAUUUUUCCUCAUCAUAAUCAGUCAGUUAUAUUUGAGAUAAACACAGGCCUAGCACUAUGGGAUGCUAUUCGCCAUUGGGAGGAAUAGAGUGGGGGAUCAUCCCAAAUUUUUCAAUUACCCUACAGUUUAUUACGCGCUGUAUCUUCAUGAAUGAUUGGGCAACUCUUACAUCAAAGAACGCUACCACUGGUUUGCUGGCACGGGAGCAAAGAAUGGGAAUAUAUUAUAUGUGUGACCAAAUUGGAGAAGGUGAAAGAGUAUGCCAGUCAACGAUCAACAUGGCUUUUCCUCAUUCAUACAAAGCAGCUGGAGCACUGGCCAUUGUUUCUUGCAUAUUGUUGGUUCUUUGCUUUGUCGCUUUCAUGGUCGGUCUUUAUUCAAUGCGCAAAUGCCCAGACAUCUUCAGCGGAAAGUACUUUGCUGUAGUAGCAAUUUUUAUGUGGAUAUCGACCUUGUGCCACAUUUUGAGCUAUACCAUAUUUGGUACCUACAUCGAAACGAACUACUAUCACGUGAGACCAUUUUACGACUCUACACUUACACUAGGAGGGUGGUACCAGAUGAUGGGGGGUUCUGGAAACAGCCUGGUGGUGGCUGCCUUGUUAACUGUUGCCGCUGGGAUGGUGUCAAGGCGUCAACGAGAAAAUAUGUGUUCGAAUGGACAAACAAAUCCAGCCGUUGAAAUGGAAAAGCAGUAAUCUCUGACAGAAACUUCAAAAUUAAAUACAUUUGAGGUACUACGUAUCCAAAGAAACAUUUCUUGACUCUACAACCUAUGCUGCCUAAGAACAGGAACAAUUUGGUAUGAACAUUUCAAU